GUUGAAAAGCUUUGCAAUCGUGUUAGUACCUCAACAUUAUUAGAAGACAGACGCGAUGCACUUAGAGCAUUAAAAUCCUUGGCUAAGACUUACAGAGACGAAGUUGGUUCGCAGGGACUACACUUAUUCGUCAAUGUUUUACAAGUGGACAAGAGCGACGGCGAAAGUGUUGGCUAUGCCUUGGAUACAUUAUACAAUUUAAUGGCUACCGAUAUUCCUCCAAAUCCUUACUAUGGACAAACUGUAAUGUCUCCGCAAACAGCUGAACUUGGUCGUCAUUUUAGCGAAAUUUUCCUACAAAAUCAGGAUAAUUUACCCUUAAUCAUUAGUUGUUUGGAAGAUUUCGACUUUCAAGUACGAUGGCCGGCAACUAAACUACUUACGGCACUGUUAAUAAAUAAUGGGCCUCAAAUUCAACAAAGUAUGCUCACUAUUCCUAUGGCUGUCGCAAGAGUUGUAGACUUAUUAAGCGAUGAGAGAGAAGUCGUUAGGAAUGAGGGAUUACUCCUCAUGAUGCAGCUUACGAAAGCUAAUAACGCAAUACAGAAAUUAAUUGCAUUUGAAAACGGAUUCGAUUAUAUAAUUGAUAUUAUUGCAAGGGAAGGUUAUAGUGUUGGUGGAAUCGUUGUUGAAGAUUGCUUACUCAUAUUAAGGAAUUUAUUAAAUUCGAAUGUUUCCAAUCAAAAUUUCUUCAGAGAAGGAAGGUAUUGCAUACAUUGGACGGUAUACAACGACUCGGAUACAGAUGAAUUUGAUAGCGCAAAGCAAAAAGCGGCAAACAUCAUUCAUAUGUUACAAAUAUUGCGUUUGCUGGUCUCACCGGACAAUUCACAACAAUCGUUGGUAUUAUGUCAGAAAGUAAUUUUCCAAUGCGGAUUACUCAAAGUAUUAUGCGAAUUAUUGUUAUCGUCCUCUGUUAGUGAAGACAUUGUAUUAGAGCUUCUCAUUACUAUUGGCGAUACCCUUCGGGGAGCUAACCAAAAUCAAGAUUACUUCGCAAAAUUUUCUUUAUCUGCAGAUGCUCAAAGAACUGCGAUAAUAGUACUUCUCUUAAACAUGGUAACUGAUAAAACAACUUAUCCAUUGAAAUAUGCCUCCUUAUACUGUUUCAAGUGCUUUCUAUAUGGUAAUGAGCUAGGCCAAGCGCAACUGGUAGCUACUCUCUUGCCAUCUUCUGUUGAAGCCGCUUCUAUUUCGCCUGGACAGUUAAUAUGCGCUGGAUUGUUUAGCCUGGAUCAAUUUUGUAGCUGGUGUGCAGCUAUGGCUAUUUCACACAUGUUACGACAAAAUAUCGCUCAAAAAGAACAAUUGUUACGUGUUCAAUUAGCUACUAGAGUAGGUAACCCAGCAGUAUCAUUGCUACAACAAUGUACAAAUAUCCUAAGCGAGAAUACUGGCUCUCCAGUUGGAAUUAACCACCUAAUUCUUUUAUGUUCUUGGCUGAAUGAAUGUCCUACGGCUGUUGCACAUCUCGUUAACAACCCUGUCAACAUUCCUUUCCUAACUACACAGAUAGACAGAGAUGCAAACGAACAUGAGAAGCUUAUGCGUGGACUAUCAGCACUAUUACUUGGUAUAUGUAUGGUAUACAAUGAUGGUGCCGUUGAAGCCUGCAAUCGAAAAGCGCUUCGAAACCUGAUAGCAAGUAGGAUAGGUGUUGGAAAAUACAGGGAUUGCUUGAACCAAAUAUCAAAGAAUGAACAGUUUGUAAAAGCAACUCACAGAAUGCAGAUGCCAAGUGAGCCAGACGAUCAUUUAUUUUUUGAUGAAGAAUUUACGAUUAUGUUUAGAAACGUUGAAGGUGCUAGCAUAGACCUUUAG